AAAGUGAUAAGUGCAUAGCAAAAUUUGAUGAGGAAUGUAAUGAUAGUCCUCCAGAAAUUAGACUAUGAUUCGUGAUAUUGAUAAUAAGUAUCAAAUGAAAAUAGCUAAGUUGUCAAAUGAGAAAAGCAAGACAGUUUACAAUUAUGCUAUGCAUAGAAAUACAAAGAUAGGAGAGACAAUAAAGAAUUAUAUAAUGUAAGUUUAGAAUCGGGUGAGUUAAAGACGUAGAUAAAUAAAACCGAUACGUUUUAAGACUUAAUAGACAACAAGAACAGAGAAUAGUGGUGAACGUUCAUACAAUAUAUGUCCUUAACACUCAAUUUAUCUUAAAAAUGGUAAAUCUAUACGAACAAGUUCUGUGAUUGGGUCAAUGAAAAGUUAAUAGUCGAAUUCUUAAUUGAGUUUUUAUAAGAAAAGCUCAAUUCCAAAGUUGAUUACAAAAAGAAAUAAUUUAUUUUCUUAAACAAGACAUUCUCAAUAAAUUGAAUUUAUAAAAUAUGAAAAAAUAUGAUGCAAUAAUUAUAGGUGGUGGUCAUAAUGCGCUUGUAGCAGCAUGUUAUUUGAAACAUAAAAGGAUUCUACUUUUAGAGAGAAGACAUAUAACAGGUGGAGCUGCUUAAACAGAAGAGAUAUAUCCAGGAUUUAAAUUCAGUCGAUUUUCAUAUUUGUUAUCUUUGAUGCGUCCAUCAGUAAUAACAGAAUUAAAUCUAUAUUAACAUGGUUUGAAAUUAUUUAGAAGACCAAUAUCAAGUAUAACAGUGACAAAGAAUAAAGGAGAGUAUUUAUUGAUGAACUCAGAUUCAACUUUUUGUAAGUAAGAAAUAGCAAAGUUUUCAAAGAAGGAUAGUGAAGUAUAUGAUGAAUACAAUUAAUUUUUAUCUGAAAUUAUAGAUUUAUGGAGUUAUUAUUAAGAUAAAUAUCCUUAUGACACAUCUUCAAGAAGAUAAAAUAUUAAGAAGACUUUUGAUGAUCUUGGAUUAUUAUUAAAGAUGGGUUAAGAUGGAUGGAAAAAUAAAUAAAAAGUAUAUCUUAUUAUUAUAUAUAAUAUUAGAUAUAUGAUUACAUUUAAUUUAUGUCAUAAUCAUCAAGUUAAUUUUUAAAUAAAUGGUUUGAAUCAGAAAUAUUAAAAGGAACUCUUAUAACAGAUGGAAUCAUAGGUGAAAUGAUAUCAAUAGAUACUCCUGCUAGUGCAUAUAUAUUAUUACAUCAUGUAAUGGGAGAGAUAUUUCCAAAUUCUAAAGGAGAAUGGGCAUUUGUUGAAGGUGGAAUGGGAUCAAUUUCUAAGAUUUUAACUAAUUUAAGUGAAUAAAAAGGAGUUGAAAUUAAAACUAAUAUAAAUGUUGAACAUAUUCUUACUUAAAAUAAUUAAGUUACAGGAGUUAAAUGUUCAGAUAAUUAAACUUAUUAUACUGAUACAAUAAUAAGUAGUGUUACUCCAAGAAUUACAUUUGAAAAAUUAUUAUCAAAAGAAUAAAUAAAUAAAGAUCAUAAAUAUUUUAAUGAUGUUAAACAUAUGGAAUAUAAUGGAGCUUGUACUAAAUUUAAUUUUGCUGUAAGCGAGAUACCUAAAUUUAAAUGUUUUGAAGGAACUAAGUAUGAAAAACCUGAAUCUGUAUUAAUUGGUACUACUCAUUUAGGAUGUGAAAAGUUAGAUAGUUUAAGAUCAGCAUAUUAAGAUUGUAUUAAUGGAAAGUAUUAAUAAUUAAUUAUUAUAAUUUAGAUCAUUUAGUGAUAACUUAUUUGUUGAUUUAGUAGUUCCAACAAUUCAUGAUAAAACUAUUGCUCCAUAAGGAUAACAUAUUGUUUAAUGUCUUGUAUAAUAUACUCCUUAUAAAUCUAAUUGGAAUGAAUAAAUUAAAUAACAAUUGAAAGAAUAAGUUAUUGAUUACAUUUCAUAAUAUGCCCCUAAUUUUAAGUAUCACUAUUAUAUAUUAUGAAUAGGAAAUCAAUUCUCUACACUGAUAUGGUAACACCAUAAGAAAUUGAACAACUCUUGAAUAUGACAGAGGGUAAUAUAUUUCAUGGUGCAUUAACUUUGGAUAAGUUAUAUGGAAAUAGACCAAGUAAUGGAUAUAAUAGUUAUGGAACUCCUAUUAAUGGACUCUAUUUAUGUGGUUCUGGAACACAUCCAGGUGGUGGUGUUAUGGGUGCUCCAGGUAGAAACUGUGCAUUAUAUAUUAAUAAUUAUCUAAAAUGAGAUACAU